AUGAAGCAUUUAUCCGUCCCGUUGUUUGUUGCCUACGGUGUCGCUGCCGCCGCGAUCCUCCUUGAGCCGUCCGACGCCGAAAGAUCCACGCUAUGGGACACCGUCCUGCCUUUUAUCCAUGACAUUGACAACGCCAUUUCCCCCGCCAAGGCUCAUAUUGACUCUUUCUCUCGUUCUUUCGAAGAUUUGGGACAGAACGCUGUCGAACAGCGCAUCUCGAUUGCCGACCGACUUGAUGUCCUCAAAGAUGUUGCAGGGGAGGCUCUCGACAUCGGAAAUCAUGACCAUAGUCGCCCGAACCUGACAAUCUAUGAGUACAUCAAGAGUAGCAACUACACCACAAAAUUCGCCAGCCUUGUAGACGAAUACAAGGGCCUCAUUGACCUUCUCAACGGCACCGACGCCACCAACUACACCCUCUUUGUUCCUGUCAACGAAGCCUUUGAUGGUAUCCCGAACGAUCCGAAGAAUAAGCCGAGCAAGGAGGCACUGGAGGCUCUACUCAAAUACCACAUCGGAGUGGGGGAGUACCCGGCUAGCAGCAUUCUGACAACAAACACCAUCCCCACCGUCUUCGAGGAGGCCUGGCUUGGCGGGGAUCACCAGCGACUGCGUACUAGUGUCGGACUGUCGGGAGUGAGGAUCAACUUUUACAGCAAAGUGGUGGCAGCUAAUAUUGGAGCCACUAAUGGCGUGAUUCACGCUGUCGGCAGCGUCCUGAAGCCACCGCCCAUGAUCGGCCGUGUCCUAAGCCUCUUUCCCAGCGAGUUUUCGACGCUGCUGCUCGCUUAUGAGAAGACAAACUUUGUGCAAUUCAUUCACAAUGUCAAACUGGUUGGAAGCACGGUGUUUGCGCCCUCCAACAAUGCCUUUUCGGCCCUCGGCCCUAAGGCUAAUGCCUUCCUCUUCAACACCGAAAAGGGCCGUGGCUACCUCAAGGCUCUUCUCAAGUACCACAUCGUCGCCAACGCGACGCUCUACAGCGACGCCUUCUACGACAAGACGGGCAACGACGUCGGUGACGAGGGCGGAAAGAAGGAGCAUUUUGACCUGGUGACGUUGCUUGACGGCACACACAUUAGCGUCGACAGGUCAACAUUUGCUGGGUUCACAUCCAUCAAGGUCAAUGGGUAUGCCAAGGUCAGUAUUCGUGAUGGUGUUGGGAAGAACGGAGUCAUCCACGUUGUGGACAAGGUGCCCAUCCCCCCGCGAAACAAGGCCGAGGCGUCCAGCCAAACAAACGAUCUGGACGGUCAAUUGACUGUUGAAGAACUCGUCGAGCGUCUCGAUCCCUACAUGGACGGGUCCGUUGAACCUGAAUUAACUGGCCUUGAGCUCUGA